CCCGCCCCCUGACCCCCCCGAGCCGAGCCGCCACGCCGGGCCUGCCGUGUUGAUGUGCCGCUCUUGGAGUGAAAGCUUGGGUUGCUCCUCCUCGGCUUCGGUCCCGGCCGCUGAGUCGAGGCUGCCUCCCCGCCACCAUGUUUUCGGCCCUGAAAAAGCUGGUGGGCACGGAGCAGGCCCCGGGCAGGGACCGCAUCAUCCCGGCCGGGCUCCAGAGCAUGAACCAGAGCCUACAGCGGAGAUUUGCCAAGGGAGUGCAGUACAACAUGAAAAUAUUGAUUCGAGGUGAUCGUAAUACAGGAAAGACAACGUUAUGGCACAGACUGCAAGGCAAGAAGUUUGUGGAACAAUACAUCCCAACUCAGGAAAUCCAAGUCACCAGCAUUCACUGGAGCUACAAAACCACUGACGACAUUGUGAAGGUGGAAGUUUGGGACAUAGUGGAUAAAGGGAAAAGCCGGAGAAAAGGGGAUGGCCUGAAACUGGAGAAUGACCCACAAGAGAAAUCUGAUGCAGAGAUGGCUCUGGAUGCAGAAUUCCUUGAUGUCUACAAGAACUGUAACGGUGUUAUAAUGAUGUUUGACAUCACCAAGCAAUGGACCUUCAGUUAUAUCAUGAAAGAACUUCCCAAAGUGCCUGACCAUAUUCCAGUAUGUAUCCUUGGGAACCACCGUGACAUGGGAGAGCAUCGGGUCAUCCUUCCUGAUGAUGUCAAGGAUUUAAUUCAAAGCUUUAACAGGUUACCCAGAUCUUCAUAUAUUCAAUAUGCAGAGUCUUCGAUGCGGAAUGGUUUCGGGUUGAAGUACUUGCACAAAUUUUUCAAUAUUCCCUUUCUUCAGUUGCAGAGAGAGACGUUGCUGAGGCAAUUGGAGACCAAUCAGCUGGACAUUGAUGCCACAUUGGAAGAACUCUCCGUACAGCAUGAGACUGAGGACCAAAACUAUGAUCUAUUUCUUGAGCUGAUGGAUAAUAAGAAUCGGAACUUCAAUUCGCCCAUGGCAGGCAAUGAGCAAAGCCCAUCAUCGGGGUCACAGUCACCUGUGGUGCCACCAAGCUCGGCUUCCACCACCAACUCCAGCCCAGGGACUCCUCAGCCUUCUGUCCAAGCACCACCCACUCCGUCAAUGUCCCCUCUCCCUCCAUCUGUGUCCCCCACCGCUGAGCCAUCUGUGCUGGUCAGUGCCCCGUCUCCCGCCAGCACCCAGGCUGCGCCCAUGGUUCAGAAACGCAGCUUCAUGUCCCGACUCUUUGGAUCCUCCUUCGCGCCUGACACUCCAGCCACUCAGCCUGAUGCUGUAACUCCGGUGUCCCCUGAGGAAGAUGGCAAGACACAAUGUGUUGAUGAUUUUGUCCCUGAUGAGGGAUUGGACAAGAACUUCUUGGAUGAUCUGCCAUCUCAAAAGCAGAGGCUAAAUGUGGCAGGGCAGGGGAGUGACAGUGAGGGAGAGAGGCAGGGCAAUCCCAUGGUCGCUGGCUUCCAGGAUGAUUUGGAUUUUGAUGACCAGGUGCUACAGAAGCCCAGUGUGAAAUCGCACGUUCCCAGUAAAGAUAUAACCCUGUCCAGUGACGAAGAUGAAAAUGCAAAAGUCGCCAGGAAUAUGGAUCCAUUAAAAAGGCCUUCCAAAAAUCUGUUAACAUCCCAAGAUGGAUUCUCAACCAAAGCCACUGAACAUAGCUCCGGCAUUAUCUCUCCUGCUCUCAUCCAACCUAUGGGCCAGCCUGGCAAUGCCCUCUUGUCCCCCAUCUCUUUGACAACUGUACUAACCCCAGUACUAGCCCCGGUGCCAGGUCCACUACAUGUGACGGAAGGCAAAGACCUGAGCAAAGCUCGGGCAGACGAAUGCAGAGAGUCGUCUGAGAGCGACCGUGAAGGGCUGAUCGGCAAGCAGCUGCUCUCCUAUGUACAGGAUGACCCUGACUUUGAGAGUGACGAUUCUGAGAAAAGACCAAAACUUGAGGAGUUUCCUGUUCGAGAGGACAGCUCCGAGCUCUCUGACGAUGAUUUUGACUCGGCUCAACCCAGCACGCCGGUGAAACCCCUGGUGCGGGUCGUGAAGAGGACCGAUAACCUGGACAUCUUUGGCCUGGGCAUCAGCAACAAAAGCCCCACUGCCCUGGAGAGCACUGAUGAAGAAAAAACGAGCAAGGCUUCCUUGAAAGACAAGAAGAAAAAGAAGAAAAAUGACGAUGAGAAAAUGGAGAAAAAGAAACACAAGCCGAAGAGAAGCAAAGAGAAGGAAGCAACAGAGGAGAGGCAGAAGAAGGAGAAAGAGAUAGCAGCCGAUGGGGAGAAGAAGAAAAAGAAGAAGAAGGCCAAGAACAAAGCUGAUGCGGAUGUGGACAAUUCGGAAAAGUUUCUGAUCAGCAGCGGCGAUAGUCAUGCGAGGAGCAGGGGAGCAGGAGACUACGAGGAGCUAUAGACUGGCCGCCGGUUCUGUUGUUUGUCGUGGUGUUACAGCCCUGUUCAUUCCACAUUUUAAACGUCUCUCUAACACUGGUGCAAAGCAUGUGCCCUGGUUUUGUGGCAGAAACUGUUUGUCCCAAGCUCUCCUUGUUCCACUUCACCUCCUUUACGGGUUAGUGUAAGUAUUCCCCAGAGCCGGGACAGAUGUGUUGAAUGUGUAUCGAUGCAGGAGGAGCUGAGCUCUCGCAUGUCUGAUCUGACCUGGCAAUUUACGUCAACCGCCUUUGAGCUCAAAACAAGCCCUGGUGGCAGCUUAACUUUACUCAUGUUUCUCGAGAAAUGGGUGGACUCUUUGAAGUUGAAACGGGUGAUUUUAGUCUUUAGUAAAGCCCGUCUUUGGCAGGACGUGAUGCAUUUCUACCACCUGCUUUUGGAAUCUCUUCUGACUGCAGGCACCCCGUCAUUCCUGCUCGCUGCUCAUUCACGGGCUUGUGCCCAGAUAAGACUAGCUCAGCACCCUCUCCUAUCCAAAGUGGACGCGGUCACCAGUUUGGUGGCACAGACCAAUGAUCCGCCCUGGAAUUUGGCCCAGUGCCUUUAAAAUUUGUAAUACACUCAGGCAGUUUAGGAAUCAUAUGAAUCAAAGAUUCUUUAAAGAUAUAUAUUUUCCCGCUUCCCCCACCCCAAUUUGUCAUCCUUUCCUUUCACGUUGCAGUGACCGUAUCCUUAAGUCCUUAAUCACUGCCCUUGUCUCUUCAAACUGCUGAGCUGUCGAAGACUGUGCCAUCCAUUUACGGCAUCCCGUCACUCUCUCAGGCAUGUUGGGGUUGGCCAUUUUGUGAAUGAGUGUAGCCCCUUCGGGUGACUAACCCUGUUUCACAGGGACCCCUGUGUGUGGCCCUGAUAUCCAUUUCCACAGAAUUGAACAAAAUCAAUAACCUGUGUAAUUAAAGGCAGAUUCAAAUAAAAAAAUAUAAUGAUUACUAUCUAA